AAACAUCACCUCAUCAUCAACAAUUCAAUUCUCCCCUGCCUUUUCUUUUCUUUUUUUCUUUAAUGACACAUGAAUUUCAAUAUCCCCAAGUAAUUAAUAGUUUCUCUACUAUGUUUUCCCUUUUCCUUUUUUUCCUUUUUUUCUUUUGUAAUUUUGAAAGGAUGAUAUUGCCCUUAUGAUGGUGAGUUUAAUACCACUAUGCCCCCUUUCAUCCCACCUUAAAAUUACCACCAAAUUUGUCCAAAACAAAAGGGUAGCCAUAGAAACCAGAGACGCGAGCAUCAGCCCAACAUCAUCAAAUCAAACACUUUCCUAUCUUUUGAAACUGCCCCUUGUUUGUCUUUUUAGUGUGUUCCUCUGGUUCCAAAGGAGAAAAAGGCCAAACCCCCAUUUCAUCCUCAUGUCUCCUCCUCACAAAUCCUUCUGAGAAUCAUUUCACUUCAAGAAGCUCUUCCAUUUCUCCCUUGAGAAAAUUCCCUUGUAGGAACAGGUAGAGGGAACAAACUAACGAAAAAUGGCAAUCUGCACCGUGUACACAACCCAAUCUCUCAACUCAACAUGCUCAGUCUCUAAACCAGCGAAACCUCAAUUGGGUUUCCACCAGAAGCAGGUGGUUUUCUUCACCAAAAGCAGGAGAAGAUCGGGCAUGAGCAGCUGCGGCAGCAGUGUGAUAACGUGCUCAGCUGGAGAGCAACGGACAGUGGUCAUAGGGUUGGCUGCAGACUCUGGGUGUGGGAAGAGCACCUUCAUGAGGAGGCUGACCAGUGUGUUUGGAGGAGCUGCGGAGCCUCCAAGGGGUGGGAACCCAGACUCCAACACACUCAUCAGUGACACCACCACUGUCAUAUGCUUGGAUGACUAUCACUCACUUGACAGAACUGGAAGGAAGGAGAAGGGUGUGACUGCGCUUGACCCUAGAGCCAACGAUUUUGACCUCAUGUAUGAGCAGGUUAAAGCUAUCAAGGAUGGAAUUGCUGUUGAGAAGCCCAUCUACAACCAUGUCACCGGCCUCUUGGAUCCUCCCGAGACCAUCAAGCCUCCCAAGAUCCUCGUCAUUGAAGGUUUGCACCCCAUGUACGAUGCUCGCGUAAGAGACCUCUUGGACUUCAGUAUCUAUUUGGACAUUAGCAAUGAGGUUAAAUUUGCUUGGAAAAUUCAGAGGGACAUGGCUGAGCGAGGACAUAGUCUUGAAAGCAUCAAAGCCAGUAUUGAAGCCCGAAAGCCUGAUUUUGAUGCUUAUAUUGAUCCACAGAAGCAGUACGCGGAUGCAGUGAUAGAAGUGUUACCCACUCAGCUCAUUCCCGAUGACAACGAAGGCAAGGUUUUGAGAGUUCGAUUGAUCAUGAAAGAAGGGGUGACGUAUUUCAGCCCGGUUUACUUGUUCGAUGAAGGCUCCACCAUCUCAUGGAUCCCCUGUGGGAGGAAGCUUACAUGCUCUUACCCUGGCAUCAACUUCUCCUACGGCCCCGACACUUACUACGGCCAUGAGGUACUACACCCUCCCAUCUCUAUUAUUUAUAACAAAAAAAAAAAAAAAAAAUAUCAGAAUUUUAAUCUCAUCUGUCCCCACCAGGUUUCUGUUUUGGAGAUGGAUGGACAAUUUGACAGAUUAGAUGAGCUCAUUUAUGUUGAAAGCCAUCUGAGCAACAUCUCGACCAAGUUCUACGGUGAAAUCACCCAACAGUUGUUGAAGCACUCCGAUUUCCCAGGAAGUAACAACGGAACUGGCCUCUUCCAAACCAUAGUUGGGUUGAAGAUAAGAGACCUCUUUGAGCAAAUCGUCGCCAGCCGGGCUGCAACUCCCUUAGAAGCAACAAAAGCCUAAACCCACUGCCUUACAUAUUGGACAAAUGUCUUCUUACUCAUUCAGCAUUUCCUUUUUUCCCCACCUCCCUCACUAAGCUCUUUCUCAUGUUUCAACUUUGGGUGUUAGCCUAUUCCUCAUAAGAAUGAGAACACUCUCAUAUGUAUUUGUUUCCUCAUGGGAUUCUGUGGAGAUAUGUAGUAUAGAGAAGCUAAAACAGUCAAGAACAUCAUUCAACAUUCAA